AUGGAGACGAGAACCGAGAUCGAGGAGACCUUAGAGUCACUCUCUGCUCUCAGGAAGAACCCUAAUCAUCUUCCCCCCGAGCACCCGCCGCCGCCAAAUUACUCCGAGGGCGACGGCGGCAGCGGCGGCGGCAGCGGCGGCGGCGGCUUGAUCGCCAUCAGAAAGCUCCAGAGCCUGCUGUUCCGCCGCAUGCUGGUGGGAGUCAACGAUGGCCGCUUCUUUGUGGGCGCCUUCCACUGCAUCGACAAGCAGGGGAACAUCAUCCUCCAAGAUGCCGUGGAGUUCCGCAGCACCCGGCGAGGCCGCCCAUCCCCAAUGGAGCAGCGCUGCCUCGGUCUCAUCCUAAUCCCAACCUCUUGCCGGACCUCCUGCCACGUGGACUGCUCCGUAGAAGAACAGAUCUCCCUCCUCUCUCUAUGUAGCUGA